CCGGAAGUGACGGGUCAAGAUCUAGUUCGUUAACUUUCUGUUUUUACAAAUGCCAGCUCAUCUGAAUGUUUCCGGGAAAACAGAAUGGCACGCAUACGAAUUGCCAGCUUUAUGAAUGACUCAGAAGUGAAGUUAUUCUUUACAAAUUCAGAGGAAGCAGUGAUGAAACCUGGAGUUUUUACUUACUCCAAUCUUGUACAUGCAGUUGCAGGAGCUGUGGGAAGCGUUGUUGGAUUGACUGUGUUUUUUCCUCUUGAUACUGCAAGGACAAGACUUCAAGUUGACGAGAAACGAAAAGCAGAUUAUUCUUAUGCUGUUAUUUUAGAUAUUAUAAAACAAGAAGGAUUCUUGUCACUGUACAGGGGUCUUAUUCCAGUUGUUACUACCCUAUGUUGCUCAAACUUUGUAUACUUCUAUACCUACAAUUGCCUAAAAGCAGUAUUUUUAGCAGAUGGGGUCAAGCCAGACCCCUUUAAGGAUCUUGGUUUCGCAUUUAUAUCAGGUGUGGUAAAUGUUUUAGUUACUACACCACUAUGGGUUGUGAACACUCGCUUGAAGCUUCAAGGAAUCAAGUUUCAGACUGAAGAGUACAGAGGUGAUAAACAAGUCAGAUAUAAUGGUAUUAUAGAUUGUCUUAGAAAGAUAGUGAAAAAUGAAGGUGUUUUUGCACUAUGGAAUGGUACUAAACCUUCACUGAUUCUGACCAGUAAUCCAGCCAUACAGUUCAUGGUGUAUGAAACAGUCAAACGCUACUUCCAGAAAAAAUUACACCAAAAUGAAUUGAGUGGACUUCUAUAUUUUAUCAUUGGAGCAAUAUCAAAGACAGUAGCUACAGUGGUCACGUAUCCAUUACAGAUACUACAGUCCAGACAGAGGGCUGGUUACAACAAAGAGAAUCAAACAAAGAGCAUGGUUCAAGCUUUCCAGGAUAUCUUGGGGUAA